CUCAGUUUUUAGAUUUUUCAGUUUUUCAAUGUUUCGAUUUUUCGUUAUUCGGUUUUUUAAAUUUUUAUUGGCAUCGACUAUUUAAAUUUGGCGCUUUCGGACUCCAAUCUCAAUACGGGUGGUUUUGCAAAAUCAGCCGGUAUGUCGCAUCCAUAUUAAUCUAUGAUCUAGUAACUUUCGCUGUCAUUUUUCGUGUGCCAGCCCUGCCUGUCAGUUAAUUCAACUCACUCGAUUUAAAUUUGCGCAAUUUUAAUGUGUAACGGAACAAUAAUUAUAUUUAAGAAUAUUUUAUAAAUGAAUUGGUUCCAUAUCAGUGUUCCGUGUACGUAGUAGUCACUUAUUUACGUUUCACACUAGUAUUAAGUGAACGUCUAUGGAAAAAGCACAAUUUUGGUUAAAAUGAGCGACGAAAGGAGUUUUGCGGGUAAAAACUCCUUAUUUGAUUCACCAGUAAGCACUCCACCCCUAGGUGUACGCUCGAUUUUCCAAAUAAGCGGUUUUGACGACUUUGCUAGAGAAUCUCUUGGGAUUUUAGACCUCAAUAGAGAGUCCCUGGGUUUUUAUCAUGAUGACGCUGCAAGAGAGUCUUUGGGGAUUAUCAAUCUGGAUAAUCUGGACACAGGACGGGACUCACUAGGAAUCAGCAACAUUAAAACUUACGAUUUUACUCUAUCUAAAGGGAGCUUGCCAACCAUUUCGGAUGAAGAUGAAACCACUAAGAACGUGUCCACAAUUGCACAAACGUCAAUAAGCGAAUUUCAGGUUCCUACGUUUUCCAGUGUCAUGAAUGAUGCUUUGAGAAACACGACGGACUUUGUUAGACGAAUGCAGGUGUAUUUGAGCCCUACAAUACCCACAAAGUCGCCACUACACAAAGCUGUUAAUAAUAAACCAAUCAGAAACGCGUCUUUACCGUCAAUCUUAGAUGAAAAAGUUAAGUUUGAAGCCCCCCCAUCGUUACAUUUAAGUUGUAAUGAUGCAGAUAACAGUGAUACGGACAUCGUUUUUAACGUGGAUCAGUCAAUUUCAGAGCAAGAUUAUAUGCUGGACUCCACGCAAGAACCAGCCGAUUUUGCCAACAUUCUCGACAUUGAGGACCCCAUUAAGUGUGAAACAGACGCAGUUUUUAAAACUAUCGACAAAUUGUUCAUUUCAACUGAUGACAACUUGUCCACGAAUCACGAAACUUUGAACUCCCCUAGACGCGACAGCUCCAGCUCGAAGUCCAAAGACCCCAUGGAAAUGAUAGACGCGCUGACGGAUUAUUUGAACGACAAUUGCGACGAGGUGAAGAAAACCGAAGGCCAGAAUAUUCUAGCAAAUUUGGCUGAGUUUUUCCAUUUGAGCGCUUCCACUAAAUCACAGUCGUGCGACUUCCACUACUCUGAAACGGUGCGACCUUUACGAAAAAAAAGCCGUUCAGAGACUAGUAUUAACCACCUAGAUGAAGAUUGCGUACCGCUAGAUCUGUCUAUUAAAUCAAGAGAUAAAGCGUUCACGAGUCCGAAAAUGUUGCCGCCGAAGUUUAGCAAGACGCGGCAAAUGUCGCUGACUAACAUUAAAGUCAAUCAGAGUAGGGUGAGCAAUUGUUCGACGUCUAGCAACGAAGGGAGGAAUUCGAGCGACUCCAAAAUGUUCAGGCCAAAAAAAUCUGAAAGCAAAGUCUUGGGUGUGAAAAAGGGUCCAAUGAAAGCGGUGCUUCCAAUUAACACCAUGGCAAAAACAAAGACUAAUAAUUUGAAAUUGACUCCUAAAAACUCGGAAUCUACGAAAUUAAAAAAGAGCGUCACGCCGAUUAAUGGAACGAAUUUUAAACCAAUUGGACAGUCAACCCCUGAUUACCCUAAAAACGGAAUUGUUAGUUCGCCCCUAGCCAGACCGAAUUUGCCUGCUUGUAUUGGCUCCAAAAUUGUAAAACCGAAAUUAAGUUCUUUUAAUAGGAGUUCAGAUGGUGGUAAUAAAUUUGCGAAAACGCGCUCCUCUAUUGAAAUAAAGAAAACGACUGAAAGUAGCAACAAAACGGCGGUUAGAGCACGCAGUUUAGACCGGAAAGUGAAGCCUUCAAGCCACUUGGGUCCACAAAGAAACUCAUUUUCGCACCCAACCCACACCAGUGUAUUGAAAGACAACAACAAAGUGAUUCGAAGACCCUCCAUUACUAAAAAGGUUGGAAAAGAAAAUAAGUAAAGAAAUAAAUUAUUGGCAAUUGAUUGUGAUAGAAUUUGCUUGUGAAUUUUUAUACAUUUUACAAAAUAUACUUGAUUUUAUAAA